GUAAAUUUUAGACGGGGACCCACAAUCCUCCUUGGUCAUGUGACAAGAACAAUUGGGCUGCGUCAUACCGAAAUUUUAUAUUCUGUCCACAGGUUGUUUGGCUUUGGAUCUUGUCCAAAAUGCAGAUUUUUGUGAAGACCCUCACUGGGAAAACCAUCACCCUUGAAGUGGAGGCAUCUGAUACCAUCGAGAAUGUGAAAGCUAAAAUCCAAGACAAGGAGGGAAUUCCCCCAGAUCAGCAGCGUCUAAUCUUUGCUGGAAAGCAGCUGGAAGAUGGCCGCACACUUUCAGACUACAACAUCCAGAAGGAAUCUACACUUCAUCUGGUUCUUCGAUUGAGGGGAGGCAUGCAAAUCUUUGUCAAGACCCUGACAGGCAAGACCAUCACCCUGGAAGUAGAAGCAUCUGACACCAUCGAGAAUGUGAAGGCCAAGAUCCAAGACAAGGAGGGAAUUCCCCCAGACCAACAGCGUCUGAUCUUUGCUGGAAAGCAGCUGGAAGAUGGCCGCACACUUUCAGACUACAACAUCCAGAAGGAAUCUACACUUCAUCUGGUUCUUCGAUUGAGGGGAGGCAUGCAAAUCUUUGUCAAGACCCUGACAGGCAAGACCAUCACCCUGGAAGUAGAAGCAUCUGACACCAUCGAGAAUGUGAAGGCCAAGAUCCAAGACAAGGAGGGAAUUCCCCCAGACCAACAGCGUCUGAUAUUUGCUGGAAAGCAGCUGGAAGAUGGCCGCACACUUUCAGACUACAACAUCCAGAAGGAAUCUACACUUCAUCUGGUUCUUCGAUUGAGGGGAGGCAUGCAAAUCUUUGUCAAGACCCUGACAGGCAAGACCAUCACCCUGGAAGUAGAAGCAUCUGACACCAUCGAGAAUGUGAAGGCCAAGAUCCAAGACAAGGAGGGAAUUCCCCCAGACCAACAGCGUCUGAUCUUUGCUGGAAAGCAGCUGGAAGAUGGCCGCACACUUUCAGACUACAACAUCCAGAAGGAAUCUACACUUCAUCUGGUUCUUCGAUUGAGGGGAGGCAUGCAAAUCUUUGUCAAGACCCUGACAGGCAAGACCAUCACCCUGGAAGUAGAAGCAUCUGACACCAUCGAGAAUGUGAAGGCCAAGAUCCAAGACAAGGAGGGAAUUCCCCCAGACCAACAGCGUCUGAUCUUUGCUGGAAAGCAGCUGGAAGAUGGCCGCACACUUUCAGACUACAACAUUCAGAAGGAAUCUACACUUCAUCUGGUUCUUCGAUUGAGGGGAGGCAUGCAAAUCUUUGUCAAGACCCUGACAGGCAAGACCAUCACCCUGGAAGUAGAAGCAUCUGACACCAUCGAGAAUGUGAAGGCCAAGAUCCAAGACAAGGAGGGAAUUCCCCCAGACCAACAGCGUCUGAUCUUUGCUGGAAAGCAGCUGGAAGAUGGCCGCACACUUUCAGACUACAACAUCCAGAAGGAAUCUACACUUCAUCUGGUUCUUCGAUUGAGGGGAGGCAUGCAAAUCUUUGUCAAGACCCUGACAGGCAAGACCAUCACCCUGGAAGUAGAAGCAUCUGACACCAUCGAGAAUGUGAAGGCCAAGAUCCAAGACAAGGAGGGAAUUCCCCCAGACCAACAGCGUCUGAUCUUUGCUGGAAAGCAGCUGGAAGAUGGCCGCACACUUUCAGACUACAACAUCCAGAAGGAAUCUACACUUCAUCUGGUUCUUCGAUUGAGGGGAGGCAUGCAAAUCUUUGUCAAGACCUUGACUGGCAAGACCAUCACUCUGGAAGUAGAAGCAUCUGACACCAUCGAGAAUGUGAAGGCCAAGAUCCAAGACAAGGAGGGAAUUCCCCCAGACCAACAGCGUCUGAUCUUUGCUGGAAAGCAGCUGGAAGAUGGCCGCACACUUUCAGACUACAACAUCCAGAAGGAAUCUACACUUCACCUGGUUCUUCGAUUGAGGGGUGGAUGCUGAAUUUAACUCAAAUCAUGCACAAAUAAUUUGGACUGCCCUGUUCAGUGACGCACUGCUUGUAGAGUGUUGUAAAACUGGUACUUCUCUGAAUCUGUAUAAGCUUUAUGCCAGCCCAGUCUUAACAUACUUUACUUUACUUUAUCUUAAAAUUGUGACUUAACAAUGACUUGCUUACAGAAUUCAGUCUUAUUAAUUGUCCACCAUAUUUAGUCUGGCCUAAUAUGACUGUGCCAUUUUAUUGAACCUUAAGAUUUUACUCUUGCACUUGUGAUCAAUCAAUAAAUGUUGCAGAACUGA